AUGUCCACAGGUUCACAGCCGCGUUCCUCGGUGUCGUUCUCCGACUCCACUGCCAUGAGCCGGCCAGGAGGCACUCCCCAUACGCUUCCGACACCAGAGAGCGAGCGAAUGACGGGCAUCCAAACGAUGCCGUCAGCCGCCAUCACUCAUGGCGGAUUGCCCAUCUCGGGCCGAGUACAUUCGAGCAACAGGUUUGGGCUCCGUCCACCGCCUCCCAGCCAGAGCGGAAACCACCGCUUCCUGCCACUCUUGGACCUUCCGGCGGUCAAUGUCCGUCUGAUCGACUCGCCCAUCACGGCACCAGAGAAUACGCCGGCUCCCAGUGCUGGAGCGUCAGAUGGAGCGAUUCCGCAGGAACGCCUGCCAUCGAUAGCCGAAGUGCUCCAGCGGCUGCCGGAGCUGUCUAGCGAUGUGAGUUCUGCCGCGACAACCCUGGCCGAACCUGGCAUGCUCGACGAGGAGGAGAUCCUUGUUCAGUCCAGCCCGCUUGCCCCCUCCAGCCCCACGUUCAAUGGCAGAUCUUCGACUCCUCUGACGCAGCACGGAGUACGAGAACAUACUGACUGGCAAGAGGAUGUUGAGGCGGACCUUGACCGUGCUCUGGCACGACUUGCGAACCUUGCGCGUGAUGAUCACGAGCAGGACACGAGCUCCUCGGUCGAACAGCACUACACGCGUCGCUUGGAUGCGGCGAUUGAGCGUCAGCACACGCGAUACACGUACCUUCAGGAGGCCAAGUCGACCAUCACCACCCUCCUUCUUCACCGUGCCAAGCUCCGCUCUCUUCUGGAGGCCAUCGCAACAGAGGUCGCUCACGACAACAAGGGAGUUGUUGAUACCGUUACGACGGUCCUAGCUGAGAUUGACGACGACGACGAAGUCGAUGAUGAUGAUGAAGACGAUGAUGAUGAAGAUGAUGAUGAUGAAGAAUGA